CCGGGAGGAGAGGGAGAGAGAGAGAGAGAGAGAGAGAGAAAGACGGAGAGCCACUCGUAGCUCACUGCUGAGCGAGAAACGACCAUUUACAUGUCGGAUUGUGGUUCAUUUAAAAGAAAAGUCUCGACUCUCGACACGGGAUUGGAACUGUUCCUUGAACCCACCAAAGAUCAACGUUUGAGAAGCACAGACGUGUUCCGCAGCCAUGAGGCAAACUGGACUAAGCGAUCACUGAGUUUUCUAAGGACUUGUCUGUGCCAGAAGGGAACACUACAUCACUCUGACUCGUCAACGUCUAUCAGGGGAGGCGUGGUCCUUUCCCACUGAAACAACAUGUGCAUAGGAAGCAGAGGACAAAGCCAGCGUGUGGAGCUCCUGCUCGCUCCUCUCAGCUCGGGAUGCACUCUUUGCUACAGCUUUUCCUGUUCUCCCCUUUGCCCCAUCCUACAGCCCUGAUAUUGCACUGGGCGCCAUGAACGUGUACAGAGACCCCGGCCCCCUGUCUCAGUCCCUUCCCCCGGUUCAUCUACGUCUGCCGCUCCACAAUGGCCACACCUCUCCGGCGGAGGCCAACUUAUCUCGCGUCUCCGUGCCCAAGAUGGGCGUACGGGCUCGCAUUGCCGAAUGGCCUCCAAGGAGGGUGCAGUCCCGAGAAUCGCUGCUGGAAAAUGGCCAGGGUGUGAAUCCAGAGAGCAGUAACGGAGAGGAGGGGUUUAAUCGAGGGGAUAUGGCGAGGGUGCCACUACUAGGGCCCAGCAAAGAUGCAGAGUUUCGAGAGGGAAGGGCUCUCAGGGAAGUCCCAGGUUCCCCUGCACGAUUCCGGGUCCCGGGAUUCGCUCCACUGACGCAGCGAUCGACAAGUGAAAUCACGCUGAGUGAACAGGAUGAAACUGAAGUGGAAGGCCGUCUGUUCCGGGUCUACGGCAGUACGUCAUCCAUCAACGUCCAAGCCGUUCCCGAGGAGAGCUUCUUUGACAUGCUCAGUCAGUUCCAGCAGGAGAUGCCGGACCAGCGCAGUGCUGCCCCUGCCAGGCUGGGAGAACUUUUGCGAGCCGAAUUCUCGCUCAACUCAUCGCCAUCUCCGGCCCCCUCCAUACCUCGCUCGGAAGACCGCCCCGAGAGCCGGGUGCGCAAAAAGAGUGGCGGCACAGAAUCAUCCCUUGGGACCUCUUCCCUGUUUCGGAAGCUACGCAAUGCCAAUAAGGGGGAUUCCGAAGCGUCCGCCGAGGACGCACGACAGUCUGAAACUUCCCUCAAACUUUGGCUGUGUGUUCGCAGCUUUGCGCACUACGACGCCCAAAGCCUUAUGUUUGACCUACACGAGGCAGCCGCCAAGCGCAGCUACGCAGCUCAGAGACGUAACACGGCCACAGGGGCAUCCUCAGCGUCUGCCACAUCCUCGGCCGUCUCGUUGGCUGUGACUCGCGCUCUGGCUCUGGGCGGAGCCGAACCCACCUUUCCUAGUACGGAUGAUUUAAGUUUUUUAAUGGAGGGAUCUACCUUGGCCACAGAAGCCUUGGAUUUGGCAGGACCAGACAGCUUAAACUCAGGUCCUCAGCAACAGCUACUGCUUACCUGCCCCAACUUCCUGAACGAGACCGGGAGUUACGGCGAGCGCAACGUGAGCUUCCUGAGCUCGUGGGCGGAGCGCGGAGAGGCCAGGCUGCGUAUGCGCUGUACUAACGCCAGUGUGGCUGUGUUGGAGAUUCGCCAAGAAGAGCAGGCCACACGCAUGGACAGACUGCAGCAUCACUGCAUAGAGCAUGUGGAUCUGGGAGCCCGAUAUUACCGUGAAUACUUCCACGAGAAAGAGCACUGGAACUAUUUUGGAACGGAUGAGAAGUUGGGGCCCGUGGCUCUGAGCAUCCGCAGAGAGAAACUGGACGACACCAAAGACCUGAAGGACCAAUACCAAUACCGCCUCAUCUUCCGUACCAGUGAGAUGGUGACACUAAGAGGCUCCGUCCUGGAGGACGCGGUGCCCUCCACCUCGAAACCCGGGACAGUGCGGGGUCUUCCCCUGAAGGAGGUGCUGGAGUUUGUGCUGCCUGAGCUGAGCAUAUCGUGUCUGCGCUUAGCUCUCAGCACCCCCAAAGUCACAGAGCAGCUGCUCAAACUGGACGAGCAAGGCCUAAGCCAGAAGCAUAAGGUGGGCAUCUUGCUGUGUCGAGCAGACCAGAGCACUGAAGAGGAGAUGUACAACAACGAGGAGGCCACGCCAGCCUUCACAGCAUUUCUGGAGCUGCUAGGGGACACAGUGUGUUUAAAGGGCUUCAAUAAGUACGCUGCCCAACUGGACACGAAGACGGACUCCACUGGGACACACUCCUUGUACACCGUCUACCAGGACUAUGAGAUCAUGUUUCACGUAUCUACAAUGCUUCCGUACAUGCCAAACAACCCCCAGCAGCUCCUCAGGAAGAGGCAUAUAGGAAAUGAUAUAGUGACCAUCAUCUUCCAGGAGCCUGGCGCUCUGCCGUUCACGCCCCAGAACAUCCGAUCUCACUUCCAGCAUGUCUUUGUGAUUGUGCGCGUUCACAACCCCUGUUCCGAGAACACCUGCUACAGUGUUGCAGUGACGCGCAUGAAGGACGUGCCCCCGUUCGGACCGCCUCUGCCUCCCACCGGCGUGACCUUCCGCGACCCCGCCUCAUUCCGAUCCUUCCUCUUGGCCAAGAUCAUCAACGCCGAGACCGCCGCGCACAAAUCAGAGAAGUUCCACACCAUGGCCGCUCGCACGCGGCAGGGCUACCUGCGAGACCUGGCUGAGAACUGCGCCAGCGGCACGCCGCUCGACACCAGCGGCAAGCUCAACAACCUCAUCUCGCUAGCCGCCAAGCGGCGCGAGAGGGUACGGGCACGCCCAGGGGCGGAGCUCGGUGCUGCUGGAGCCGUGGCCUGGCGGGUCGUGGCUCAGGAUUUCAGCAGGGGCGGAGGAGAGCUUCCGUGCGUGCUGGCCAUCUCUACUGAGUACGUUGUGCUAGCCGACUGCUCCACAAAAGAGGUGGUGUUCAACUGCUUCUGUGCCGACGUCAUCGGCUGGACGGCCGAGAGGCUAAAUUUAAAGCUCUUCUAUGGCAGAGGGGACCACGUGGCGCUGCGUGUCCCUGAGGGCGGCGCCCAGGACAUCAGGGAGGUGGUGCAGAGGCUGAAGACGCUGACAGUCGGCUGUGAGACGGUGGACAUGACGCUGAGACGGAACGGUCUGGGUCAGCUGGGUUUCCACGUGCGCUUGGACGGCACCGUUUCCGAGGUGGAGGAGUACGGCUUCGCCUGGCAGGCAGGCCUUCGUCAGGGCAGUCGAUUGGUCGAGAUCUGCAAGGUCGCCGCGGUGACGCUCACGCACGACCAGAUGAUCGACCUGUUGCGCACAUCUGUCACCGUGAAAGUGGUCAUAAUCCCACCGUUCGAGGAAGGAGGAGCACGCAGGGGCUGCACAGAGGAAUACGAGAUGAAGACCCAGGAGCAGAAAGGCGAUGCGGAGCCGAUGGCAGCGAGUUACCGUUCCACCCAGCGGGGUCCUGCGUGGCGUUGGGACAGUCCCCCUGCUGCGCCAUCAGCACAGCGCUGGACUCCUGUGGGGCCUCCGUCAGCUUCCGGCCGCACACACAAGGGCCUGGUGCCCGUCCCAUACAGAGAGCCACAACUCAUUCCCACUAAAAGGCCUGUCAGUUACCCUGAAAACCACUACAGUGUGUCUCCAGCAGGGGCAGAUCGGAGUCUGCCCUACCGCAACCCCUCAGCCAGUUUCUCCACCCCGGGAUCAAGUCUCAGCCCUGCAACCCUGAGUGGCCCAUUUGUCCGCUACAAACCCUCUCCAGACAGGUCCGGCUUGACCCAGCGCUCUCUCCAGCCGUACGACGCUAAUUUGACCCUCGAUGGAUCCAGUGGAGAUUCUUCAUCCGGCUUCACCAGCCAGGAGAGCACUAUGGAGCGCAGCAAAACAGAUCCCACGUGGCAUGUUUCAGUCCCGUCUCGGACUGCAUCUGGGGGUGGAGCUCAGAGGCGACAGGCUCGCCAAGAUUUACAAGGGAAGGACUCUCCAAACCGACACUCAAAGGGUGAGACACAGUACUCCAGCCACUCCAGCAGUAACACCCUGUCCAGUAACGCCUCCAGCAGCCACAGUGACGAACGCUGGUUUGACACGAUGAGCGCUGCCACCUCUGGUGCCCUCAGCGACCCCUGUGACCCAUGUGAUUCCCUUGACCCCGACCCCAUGGGGAAAGGAGGCUCUAGCGACAGUGGCAUCGACGCUUCCACUCUGUACCCGCCAGCCUCGAGCAGCAAAUCGAGCAAAGUGAGCCGGAGUCACGCAGGGACACCCCAUAAGAGUCUUCACUCUUCGGCCACGUGCGCCGGCCUGCACGAGCUAUCGGCCCCUACAGCCAGAGUGGGGGAGGGGCUUCGGCGAGAGUCAUCGCCCAUCAUUAAUGCUUCAGCCAGUCAGAGCAAGAGUUACCGCACACGCACAUUCCCUCCUCCUGGCUCAAGCAACGCUGACAGCUUCAAACCCAGAGCCUGCUUCACCCCUCAAGGCUUCAAGACCCCAGCUGUGCCUGAUAAGUCCCGGGCUUUCCGAGCCUUAACGGCCACACCCACUUCAGGUUCAGCUCAGCUGUCCACCUCUGCCCCCAAAUCUUCAUAUGUUAAGAACAAGCAGGGUGCACGGCAGCAGGAGGAAAGCAGUGCCGCUACGAUGACCUCAACUUCCAGCAGCAUAGACGGCAACAGCAGCAAGCAGGUGGACUUGAACAGUAAGAACGUUUUCGGUCAGCCACGUCUGAGAGCCUCUCUGAGGGACCUGCGUUCUCCUCGCCGCCCGGCACAAAAGAGCACUAUCGAGGACGACUUGAAGAAGCUCAUCAUCAUGGACACACCAGCUGACACCCCACAAGACUGUUCACCUCGGAAGACCCUUCAGCGGACCUUCUCAGACGAGAGUUUAUGUAGUGGACGGAGAGACUCAAGCUUUGCCAGCACACCGCUUUUUGAUGGACAGGCACCGAAUAGCGACCUGCUCUUCACCAGCACACUGCCCACCCGUCGCCAUGGCAGCAGCACCAACCAUGGCAUCCUUUUGCCCAAGAAAGUGCCAAUGUCUGCAUCGGAACUGUCUCUGACGGAGGUGAGGGAUAAAGUGCCCCCUAUGCGAAGACUUGACCCCGGCCUCAUGCCCCUUCCUGACACAGCAAGCGGUCUCGAGUGGUCGAGUCUCGUCAACGCUGCCAAGGCCUACGAAGUACAAAGAGCAGUUUCUCUCUUCUCGCUGUCUGAGCCUCAUGUUGGAGGAGCUGAACUGAGACCUCGACUAAGUCCAGUUCCUUUUCAUACACCACAGACCCCUCGCACUACACCCACUUUCAACAGUGAUGAGGUCCCUGGAAACCUGUCAGGCCGAUUGUACCACCUGGAGGUCAUGUUGAAGCAGUUGAAUAAUGAUCUGGAGAAGGAAAAGCAGGAUAAGGUUGUUUUGCUGGCUGAGAUGGCUCAUCUGAGGGAGAACAACCAGCGUCUUCAGGAGGAGUCGCUCUCUGCUAGCGAGCAGCUCCGCAAGUUCAGCCAGAUCCUCUCCUCCACAUCCGAAAGGAAGUGAAGUCUCACUCUAUCUAUGAGGAGAGAAAGCUAAAACCAGAGGCUGCAGUUAGAACAUGGAGCUUAUGGAUGACUUCCAUAGCCGAGCUGCUCACUCACAGCAUGAUGCCCACACUGCCCUUCAAUUCACCUCUGACACCAACCAUCAAGACUGAACACUGAGACUGAGAAGGAUAAGCGAGGAGAGCAGGACACAUUUGAUUUAUUUUGGGACUUUGGAUAUUAAACUGGAAGAGGCACAGACAUAGGCAUGUCUAUUUUAUUUUUUAGAACUCAUGCCAAGCGAGUCCCAAUGCCUUGUGGGAGCAUCAUGAAUACAUUCUUUUCACAGCUUAGUUUUCCGACUAUUGCUUUAUUUUUGUAAACAGACAAGUCUUACCAGAUACUGCGGACACCAAACUUGAGCCAGUUGAACUAAGAGAUCGUACAGCUUUGCGUUCAGAGAGGCCUAUUACUGUACAUGCAGCUCUUUAGCCAAAAAGACAGGGGACGGCGGUCCUGCGCUGAGACUACACUUCCCAGCAUGCAGCAGUACGCACUGUAGAGCGUGCCAAGGGUGAAACAUGGUACCGUAGUUUCAAUUUGAGGUACAAAACAACUGCUGAACUGACCCACAGGGUUUACAUACACUGAUUUACAGGUACAUGGAAUGCAAAAGAUCAAGAUAUUGGUAUUUACCCAACACAUCAGGGUGCUACCUGGACGGUAUGUGACCCUCUGCGUAAACAUCGUAGCUGGUCUUAAGCGAACGGUUCAGUGGAAGUCGAUCAGCCAGUUUGUGUUCGAACUUUUCACGAAUGUUAAUCUGAAGCUAAAAUCGUUUCCAUAAACACACACACUUCUUCAUGAACACGUUAAGGUUCAGAUCAAGGGUUUUGUCCAGGGGUUUGUCCAAGGGUUUUAGUUACAAUCACAGUCCAAAAUGGUACUGCUUUAUCAUGUGUGUAACAACAAAAAUCUUUUCAAAAGACAUUAGGCUAUAUGAGGACAACCUACUGGAAAAUUGUGAUUCUGGUUCUCUGGUAGGUUGCCCUUAUAUAGCUUGAUGUCUUUUGAAAAGAUUUCUGUAAGUGAUGCUAUACAGUGAUCUAAAAAAAUGUAUUCCAUGGUUUUACAUAUCAGGACAUAAUAAAAAUGAGCAUUAAAAUUGGGUAAAUACAACCUCAGAUGAACAACCAUGACAUAUUAAACCUUGUCAUUUACAAAGAUCUGGUGGUGUCCACCUAAGAUUGUAUUUUACCUGAUUCUAUAAAUACCAGGUUAUUUUUAUGUCCUGACGCGUAAAACCUUAGAAUUGAACGAGGGUGUACUUUCAUUUUCACAAGACAGUGUAUGACCUUGUAAGUAAAAAUGAACAGGUCUUAGAAUUAGGAAAAAUACAUGACAUAUUACACCUUGCCAUUAUUUAUUUGACAAAAAAUGUGUAUCUGAGCUAGUAUUUUUCCUCAUUUUAAGACCUGAUCAGUACCAAAUGAUUUUUAUGAUGUCCUGAUAGGAAAAAAAACAAUUCAAAGAGGGUUUAUUUUUAUUUUCACAAGACUGUGUAUAAACCUAAGCCAUAGCACGGUUAAAAACUUCUGAUUGGUCACACAUUUUGAUAUUAAUGCUCCCCUUUUAAUACAUUAUGGUUUAUAUUGUAACAGUUCAUUGACGGACCUGUUUGACAUUCCCCAAGAUAAACGUAACUUUAAAAAGUACAAAAUAUCAUUGUUUAAUUAAAGAAAAUUUUUAUUUGAAAAAUUUAAUCAUUGCUUGAUUGCUGUGUGGGCAAUUCAAUGAACCGCAUAUCAUAGCAUAGUUGUUUUUCUAUAACAGUAAAUUAUUGUGUUUUUAUAUUUUACAUGAAGACUCAUUUACUUUUGCCAGUUCCCAAGUAUAAAGUCAGCGGUCACAAAGCAGCGGAAAGUUUUUUUUUUUUUUUUUUUGCCCCCUUCUACAUACAUGAGCUCACAGAUGCUCGUGAUUGUGUAGUGUCUCACCCCGAUAGCAGGAUCAGUUUUGCACAGUCGGAAUCCCAGGUUACAUUUGCAACGUGUUUAUGGAAACUAUUUUGAGUGAAAAAGUCUGAAUUCUAGGUCAAACACAUUAAAUAUCUCUUCGGCUGAUCGGAUUAACUUUCACUGAAGCAUUCUUUUAAUUCCAGUCAUAUCUAAAAAUAUCAUGACAUCGUGUAGUGCAGGUCCUGGUCACACAGUGUUGCUUUCCACGUUCUUCAGAUGCCAUCUUUCCUCACCCCGUGGUUACUGAGUAUAGACAGAGUCAGUCCUUCACGCAAUAUCUCCUCAAUGUGUACUGUUUCUCGACGACCAGACGUGAUUGUGAAAAAAAACUAAUCAGUUGGCCCGUCUCAUUCCUCAUUGUUCUGCAGGACAAACACGGAGACCAAUCUCUUCUUCAAGCAUCACCGCCACUACUGUUAAACAGAUUUUCUGUAAAACACAGGACCAAGUAGAGCGACUGCUUCAAGAACUGUGAUGCUCAUCUGAUGUUCUCCUUCCUUUUUUUUCUCCAAUGCUUUGGCAUUGCACUGUGUGUAAAUUUCGGCUCCUUCGUUGAAUCGAGACACUGUAUGUCUGUAUGCAAGAGAGACACAGCAGCGCCUGCGCUUGUUCAGCACGGCGCCUUCCACACAAUAUAUUUUUCUAUUUACCUCUCAGUUUUAGGUGUAUCAGGUGACACGACUGUUGGCUGUUUUUAAAAACCAAUGCAUGGGUUACUUAUUCUGAUUUGUUCUUCCCUUGCACUGUAAAAAGUUCAGUCGCUCUUCAUCUGGCGUUUUUUUUUUUAUAUAGUGACCGUAAAGGAACUGGCGAGCAGAUUUUGUUCAAGAGCAGUUGCUCAUUAGCGCUCUCUGUAGGUACUCCGUAUUUGUGAGCUUUAAUAUGGCAUACUGGAACGACUCAAUCCCGACUGUCCCUUUACUCUGGUCUAACUGGAAAACAUCAUCUCGUAGAAUCCAUCUCAGGACCAACAAAUUCACCCUCUACGGCCUGAACUAUUUAUUCUAUUUAUUUGUCCGUCAGCCAGAGGGUGGCGUUAUGUUUCAUAACUGAUGUGAGUUAGAACACACUCUUACACACACACACACACACACACACACACACACACACACUUUAGGCAAGUGCUGUUUAAAGACUGGCAAAUAAUCGUACAACAGUUCAAGGAAAAAUUCACCCCGAAAGCCUAAUUAAUCGAAGCUUUAUUUUUUCGAAUAAAAUUCAGAGUUGCCUUUUUUGAUUUUAUUUUUUUAUUAUUGUCCUUGUUUGCUACAUUUAGCACAAUGCCAUUUAAAUAGCUGUUGAUUAAAAGAGAUUAAGCCCUAACUUUAUACAUUUAUCCGGCUUUAGUACUUUAGUACUUUCAUUUUUUGGCUCAGACAGAUCGUCCUCGCCCGAUCAUAGAUCAACAAUUAUUCCAAUCAAGCCUUUACUAUAUCAAAUGUGUCCUAUAGCUGAAUUGCAUUCUGGGACUUUUUGAGUCCUACCUUUCCACUAUUACUUUUACCUUGUGUUUCUCAUCAAUAGGAUGUUGUACAUGUCUGGAAAAAUGUUGACUAAUGAACGAAGCUCUUGCCCCCUUUUUUUGUUUUUCAGAGCCAAUAGCACAAUGUGAACCUACUCUGUGUGUGCUGAGGUUUUAUUUUUCCUUCCAUGCCAUAUUAAGUGCACAAGCAAUAAUAAUGUCUCCCUAUUAAAUUAGUGGUCACCCUGUCACUUCUCACAGAAAUAACAUGAAUCCAGCACGGCUCAUCAGAUCAGCACCAGAAUUAGAUAGAUUUCAAUUGCAACAUAUUUUUUCUUGUGUUUCAGGGUGGAGGUUUCUGUUGAAUCCAAGACCUUUUUAAAAUGCAAUUGUGAUUUCGGUGUUCUUUUUGAAUGCAUUAUUAGAUUUCUUACCCAAAUAGAAUGUAGAAAUAUGACAGAGCCUGUAUCUUGUAAAAUUCCCCUUCAUCAGUGCGCAUUGUCCUACUUUAUCAUUGCUAAACGCCAACAUCAGGUCAUCCUUUCCCCACCAGCAUGUGUGUGUGUGUGUGUGUGCUACUUCUACACAUACACACUUAUGGCCUCAUGUAGAGCUCUCCGUGUUGAAUAUACGCACCAUCAGCUGUCUUAAUUUUUCUGUUCAAGGGUGCAGGUGGAGGUGUUUUUAGAUUAUUUUCAGUUUUAAGCUGAAUACGAGUGAUCUACAGCUAGCUGAACUUGUGCACACGAAUCAAUCUUUAAACUAUAGUCCAGCUGUAUAAGUUGUUGUGUAUGUGUAAAAAUCUGGAUUAUUUAUUUUGGAUUUUCUGUUUUCUCUUGACACAUCAGCCAUUUUUCUGUGAAAAAAAAGAAAGAAAUAUUGGUUGAUUUUUGUUUAAGUAAAUAUGAUGUUUGAUUCCUGAUUACAUGUUUUUGUUUUUGUACAAUGCUUUUUUUUAUUUUUAUUUUUUUAAUUUUCUUCUUCUAUGCUGCCCUUCUUGGUUUGCUUUAUCUCAAAUCUCCUGGGUACCUCAUUGAUGAGUGUACAUUUAAUACGUGUAAAUUAUGUUUUCAAUAUUUUAUAAAAAAAAAUUAUAUAUAUUAAAAAGAUUUCUGAUUGAA